GAUAAGUGACAACACCAAUCACAAAACGUUUUUUGCUUUUGAUAAUGGCGGAAAAGCGGCUACAUUGUUUAGUGCAUAUGCGUUUUUAACACUAUUUACGAAAUUAUAAUUAAAAAUGAGUCGGUUUAGGAUUUCUAAAAUCGAAGAGAAGAUAGCUUACGAGAUUUUUCGAUCAUGUCGUCUCUGUGGGGCUGGUGCUGGCUACAAAAUGCCGAUAGUUCAGAAUGUCGACUUAGAUGGAGAUGUACCACUUACCCAAAAAAUACGGGAAUGUGUACAAAUAGAGGUACACCAAGAAGAUAAAAUGCCACCUUUAAUUUGUGAGUUGUGCGUCGACAAAGUGAAUGAUUUUUAUGAGUUCUCUGAGAUGUGUAAACAAACAAAUAUGAAGACUAGAUUACGGCUCGGUUUACCUCCACAGACCAUGCCUAGAGGAGCGCCAAAUGCCGAUGACUGCAUCUUAGGCGUUACGGAAACUAUAUUUUCUACUGAGGAUUCAAAUGAGUCUAUCGUAAAGCAUAAACAAGUAAAACUGAGUAAAUCAAAGAAAGAAACAUCUGAUAAAGUUAAGAUGAAAUCAUCAGAGAAUAACCGUAAUUCUCGAUCUAUAAAAUUAAGUCCGGAAGACAGUAGACGUGCAACACGUGGAUCUACCAGCAGUCCUACAAACAUCCUGACUUUGAGGAACAGGAAUUCCAAGGAUCAGAAGAAUGUAGACCAGAACAAGAAAAAAUCCUCGGAACCUUUGAAAUCGAUUUUAAAGAAGGAGAAAAUUAAAGAAGAAGAUAUUUUAGUGACACCAAAAUCUAAAAGGGGAAGAGAAAGAGAAUUAAGAAAUGACCUACCAGUGAAAAGAGUCAAGAUAGAAGUCUCACCGAGUACAUCCAGGUCAACUAGAACAUCCAAAUCUCCUACCAGGUCUAGGACCAGGUCUCCUCCCAAAACAAGUACCAGGUCUCCGGAUACAGAUGACCUGGUGUGCAAAGUGUGUAAACGAACGUUCCUUGCUAAGUGUGCCUUUGUUAAUCAUAUGAAAGUACAUCAAAAUGAUAUUAAGAAUUCAAGAAAUAAAAGGUCUCCGCCAGUUCCAGAAACUAAAUCCAAAGAUAGAAGAGAAAAAGUACAUGCUAGAGGUAAAAACGAUACUAAACAUAAAGAAACACACAAUUGUCCUUGCGGCAGAGAGUACUUGGCAAUGAAGAACCUUCGCAGACAUCAGAUGACGUGCAAGGGAAAGAAACAGGAUUUAUCAAUAGAUCCACUAUUAAUGUCAAAAAUACGACCAUUACAAAUAAGAGUAGCGAGAUGUGAUCCAAUAUUGAACAAGAAAUAUUCUAUAUCUGAAGUACCACAGGUAUUUGGUUUAGAUAAAAACUGCACAUAUCCAUAUUUAAGAAUAAAAACUGAACCGAACACAGGUCGGGAUGCCAUGGUACGUAUUGAAGAUGAAAUUAAAGACGUACUUUACGAAGCGGAUUAUAUACAUUGGGAUUCGGAUACUAGUACCGAUGAAGAAAAUGAAACAUUUAUAAAGAAAAGGAAAGUUUCAAGCCUUUCAACGCUCUGUUUAAAGACUAUAUUCUCACCUAGAUACUUAGGCAGAGUCCGAAGGAAGAGAAGAAAGGUUAAAACUGAAAUAAUGACGGAAAAUCUAGACCAAAAUCAAGAUAUUUUUGAUGAUGUUGAUAGUUUUGAUGAUGUACAUGAUUUGGAAAGGAUAAAUGAUUCUAGUUUCGAUCAACUUUUUGGUAAUGAUUUUAAGAAAAUAGCCUCCGAUGUAGAAGAUAACGAUAAAGAAGAUAUUGUAAAUAAAGAAGGAAACAGUAGUAAAGAAGAUAAUAAUCUAAAAGAAAAUGUAAAUAGUGAUAAAGAUGUUAUUAAAGAAAACAAUGACAACGAAAUUAGUAAGGAAGAAAAUUGUGACAAGGAAAUUAGUAAAGAAAAUAGUGACAUGGAAAUUAGUGGAGAAAACAGUAACAAGGAAAUUAGUGGAGAAAACAGUGACAAGGAAAUUAGUGGAAAAAACAGUGACAAAGAAAUUAGUGGAGAAAACAGUGACAAGGAAAUUAGUGGAAAAAACAGUGACAAAGAAAUUAGUGGAGAAAACAGUGACAAGGAAAUUAGUAAGGAAAACAGUGACAAUGAAAUUAGUAAAGAAGAAAACAGUGAUAAAGAAGUAAGUCUAAAGAAAGAAGAAAAUGAAAACGGAGAUUAUUUAGUUAAUGGUAGGAAGAACUAUGAAGAAAAUGUAUUGGACGAUCAAAGAUUGAUGGAUGAGCUGGAUGCACAGAUCGGUGAAGAUAUAAUGGAGAAGCAUUUAAGUUUAGAUGAUUUUAGUGAAGUUGAAGAAUUUUGA